GUUCAUUUACCCAAUCAACAAAGAGUCAUUUUUGAAGAAAGUAGUAAUUUAGAGGACGAGGCUGCAUCAGAGAAAAAUAUGCGAAUAAUGCUUACUGAGUAUUUUAAGAUGAAUGCUCAAGACCCAGAAGCGAGAGAUAUAUUAUAUGCCAAUUUUCCAUUAUAUUAUACAUGGGUCAAAAAAACCAAAACAUGGAGAAAACAUAAAUGUGGAGGGUGCAUCGGGAGAAUCUAUAUGGCUCAUCGAGUGAAGAUAAAAGGCUCCAGAAGUUUUGAAGAGCUUAGAACGGUAGAUGGUGUCACAUAUUCUUCUUUCAAAAAAAGUGCUCAGCAUAGAGGCUUUCUUGAAAACGAUAACGAACAUCAAUCUUGCAUAGCAGAACUUUUACCUGAAGCUAAUAGUGAAUUAUCUGAAUUACUCCUACAUGAAUUAAAUUAUCAAAUCACUCCCGACGAUCUUGCCAAGAUAUCAACUUUGAACGAAGCUCAAUGUGUGAUAUUUGAUGAAGUAUUGAAUCUUAUAAAUCAAAACUGA